AUGCUGUGCAAGCUAACCCACCAUUCGUUCAACGAGUCACAGGCGUUGAAAAGUACGCCGAUCUCUAAGAGAACUUGCAAGAGGGUUACGAGACACGUCGUGCACGCUAGCUCCGAACAAGUCCCGGUGAAGCUCCGCUUCGCGCAGCUUGUAGUGGAUCUCGCUCCUGGUGAGCAAGGCCUACGUGUUCUCUCUUCAGCUUUCCCGGACAAAAUCAAGGGCACCUUUAGUGGAUUGAUCGAUAGCUAUAAGGCACAAAUGGCUAUCGCCCUUGGAGACGAAGCAGCUGCAUCAAAGGCAACAACGUACAUAUUCAAGGAUAUGGUUAAGGCGUAUGCACGGCAACUCCUUGGGACACCUUACGAGUUCCCGUCAUAUCACCGAGCGAUACGCUCGCCUUAUGAUUACUUCCAGAUGGCCAACAUGUACAUAGGAAGCCUCAUUGACUACGACCGUUCCGUGAUGAGGCAACCAGAACGCUGGACGACGAUCCAGUCCCAGAUAGACAGUGGCGAAAAUGUCAUAUUAUUUGCUAAUCACCAGAGUGAAGGCGAUGCUGCGUUCAUCCCGCUCUUUACGGAAGUGACGCACCCAGGCUUAGGACAACGUGUUACGUAUGUAGCUGGAGACAGGGUUGUUAGCGACCUUCUGGCGAAGCCUUUCAGCAUGGGGAAAGACUUACUCUGCGUUCACUCGAAGAAACACAUGAACGACAACCCCAAAGAGAAGUCAAAGAAAAUGAAGCAAAAUCUCGCAACGGUGAAGGAAAUGCAGCGCCUUCUGAAUAAAGGUGGAAUGCUGAUUUGGAUCGCACCAGCUGGCGGUAGAGAUCGUCGUCAAGCUGAUGGAACACUGCGCCCAGAUAAAUUUGACCCACAGGCCAUCGAGAUGAUGAGGAAGCUGGGCACGAAAUCAAGCGCCGCGAAAACGCACUAUUAUCCCUUCGCGAUGGCGACUUAUGAUAUCAUGCCUCCCCCAGCGUCUUCUGAAAAGCAAAUUGGUGAAAAGAGAAUCGUGAACUACACUGGUGUUGGCCUCGCACUCGGGGAAGAAAUCGACGUCUCAAGCUUUUCAGACAGCGAUGAGUUAUCAGAGCAUGUGUGGCAAAAAGUUGCAGCUGAAUACGAUCUUAUCAAAGCAUGCAAUAUACCCGGUGCAGGCGUAUGUCCGUUGCCGGAAGAUAGCAUUCGCCCACCGCGCGCUCCUUCCGUACCAAGUUUUACAUAA